AUGGUUUUGAGUUCAUACUCCAACUGGGGAACUGAUCUUCAAAAUGUUCACUCGGAGCCAAUCCAUUACGCAAAACAACCUCCGGUACAGCUUGUUGCAGGAGAUCAUCAUCUUGAAUAUUACUGGGACACAUUUGAGUUGCCUUGUGCUUUUCUUGAUCCUUAUAUUGACCUGAAUGAAAAUUUCUUAUACCCUGAAAACUACAAUGCUUUACUUCCAUACUUGUCCUCUCCAUAUGACCCUUUAAGCUCCUUCUCACCUGAAAACGAAAUCAUCCCAUAUGAAAACUUCAGCUCCUAUCCAUGCCCCAAACGCCAGAAACUCAUUGAAGGUCACUGCUGCUCGGAUUUUGUGCCUGCUUUCUCUGACGGGGUUGCUCUAAAUUCUUGUCCCGUGCCUGAACAUCAAAGCAUUCAUCAGAAAAACUUGGAUGGAAACUCUGUGGAGAGUUCGAAGAGGAUUAAUGCUAAGAGCGUAUCAGUGCAAAGCAUUGCAGCGAGAGAAAGGAGGAGGAAGAUAACUGAGAAGACUCAAGAGCUGGGAAAGCUUGUGCCCGGUGGGAAUAAGAUGAACACCGCUGAAAUGCUUCAUGCUGCCUUCAAGUAUAUCAAGUACUUGCAAGCUCAAGUUGGAAUCCUUGAAUUUAUGGACUCUUUCUCGGAAAAGGAGAAGGCGACUCGUAAGGAAAGCAUGCAAAUUGUAACAUCCCCAAAGGUUCAAGAAAAGCUUUCCAUGGAAGAAAAGUGCCUGGUUCCAAAGGACGUUGUUCUCUCCUUGACAACGCUUUCUAAACCUCCACUCUCUGAUGAACUCAGUCAGCUAUUAGCAUUUGCACCCCUUGAAUGAUUAAGUCUUCACCUCCAUUAUUUAACCAUUUCUCUACUAAUGCUUUGUUUAUGUAGCUUUAACAUGUAAUUGCAUCUUUUUCUCAAUGCAACAACUAAUAGUUAACAAUCAAGA